AUGCCCUCCUUCUCCAACAACAGCAGUAAUGGCCACUCACAACCAGAGCCCCUGGUUCAGGCCGUUAUACAGCAGGACAAGUCCAUGCCCAUUGCCAUUGUAGGCAUGGCCUGUAGACUGCCUGGCGAAGCCACCAACCCCGACAAACUAUGGGAGCUAUGUGCCAACAGGGAAGCCGCGUGGAGUGAGGUCCCCAAGGAUCGCAUGAACAUUGAUGCUUAUUGGCAUCCCGACGGUGAACGAGGGGGCAAUACAAAUGCGAAAGGGGGACAUUUUUUGAAACAAGACGUCGCCGCCUUCGACGCAUCAUUCUUCUCCAUCCCUCCUACAGAAGCCAAGAGUAUCGAUCCUCAACAACGCAUUCUCAUGGAGACCGUCUACGAGGCCAUGGAGAGUGGCGGAAUGAGCAUGGAAGACCUAGCUGGCUCGGACACGAGCUGUUAUGUCGGUAGCUUCUCACGCGACUACUACGAGAUCAUUGACCGCGACCCUGAAACAGCACCGCUGUACUCAGUGACAGGCAACGGAGCUGCCAUUCUGUCCAACCGUAUCAGUUACUUUUAUGAUCUCAAGGGCCCCAGUCUGACUCUCGACACGGCUUGCAGUAGCAGUCUUGUCGCCCUUCAUUUGGCCUGUCAGAGCUUGCGCUCAGGCGAAAGCCACCGCGCAAUAGUUGGCGCCACCAACUUGAUCCUGAAUCCAGAUAUCAUAACAGCAAUGUCCAACAUGCACUUCUUCAGCCCGGACUCACGUUGCUACAGCUUCGAUGCUUGCGCCAACGGCUACUCUCGUGGCGAGGGUAUUGCUUGCUUGAUUCUGAAGCCACUGGCUGACGCCAUCCGUGACAAUGAUACAGUCCGUGCCGUGAUACGAGGCACUGCUUGCAAUCAAGAUGGCAAGACCUCGGGUAUCAUGUUGCCCUCGCGAGAGGCACAGGAAGAGUUGAUCCGGACUGCAUACAAGGAUUCUGGCUGCGACUUCGCCACGACAGCUUAUUUUGAGGCCCAUGGCACGGGAACACAAGCUGGAGAUCCCCUUGAAUCUGGUGCUAUUGGUAACACCUUCGGUCCCCAGCGCCCGGUGGACGAAAACGGCGAGACGCUUCCGCUCUACAUUGGCAGCGUCAAGACCAACAUUGGACACACUGAAGGUACCAGUGGCCUCGCCGGCGUGAUCAAAGCAGUCUUGUCCCUCGAACGCGGUGUCAUCGCUCCCAACGUGUACUUUGAGACCCCCAACCCGCAAAUCGACCUCAAGGGUUGGAACCUGCGAGUGCCCACCAAAAUGGUAGCUUGGCCGAUGGAAGGGCAGCGUCGGAUUAGUGUCAACUCGUUUGGUUUUGGAGGAACAAAUGGACACGUUAUCUUGGAUGAUGCGUUCCACUAUCUCCAAGGUCACGGUAAUGCUAAUGGUCACACCAACGGCCACACCAACGGUGAUGCUCACGACCAUACAAAUGCUCUGUCCGCAGUAAAGCGCCGUCGCAUCUUCAUCUGGUCUACCCAUGAAGAAAACAUCGCAGGCAAGAGUGGUGCAGUGUACGCCGAGCAUUUGGCUCAGCGAAAGGAGGCCGACGAGGAAGCCUUUCUCGACAACUUGUCUUACACCCUAUGCAGUCGCCGGUCCAUGCUGCCUUGGAAGUCGUUCCUGGUAGCCCACUCCCUCCCCGAUCUCGUUGAGAAGGUGACUGCCACACGCCAGAAGCCGCUUCGUGCUUCUCUCCAUCCCCUGAGGGUUGCGUUCGUCUUCACGGGGCAGGGUGCCCAAUGGUUUGCCAUGGGUCGGGAGCUGGCGCAGACGUACCCUCUAUUCCAACAGCGGCUUGAACACGCCGAUCAGUUUGUCAAGAGCCUUGGGGCCGAUUGGUCACUCACCGACGAGCUGAGCAAAGACGAGGAUGUGUCUCGCAUCAACGAGUCUCUCGUCAGUCAGACGGCCUGCACAGCCCUACAGCUUGCGUUGAUCGAUCUGCUGGCCAGUUGGGGCAUCCAUCCCCAGAAAGUUAUUGGUCACUCGAGUGGUGAGAUUGCUGCCGCGUAUGCCGCCGGGAUCUUGCCCACGGCUUCGGCUCUCAAGGCGGCGUACUUCCGUGGCCUGCACUCGUCUCUUGUACAAACGAAGCUGCCUUCGGCCGAUGGCGCCAUGAUGGCUGUUGGUUUGUCUGAAGAGGACGUCAAGACGUACAUUGCUUCCCUCAAUCCUGCCCUCGGCAAGGCAUCUGUUGCCUGUAUUAAUAGCCCGACCAAUGUCACCAUCUCAGGCGAUCGACCUGCCCUGGCCGAGCUGGCCGACGCUCUGCACAAGGACGCCGUGUUUGCGCGGUUCCUCAAGGUCUCGACGGCGUAUCACUCACACCACAUGGACGCUGUUGCCAGCGACUACGAACAGUCUCUAGCCGGCAUGGAAGUCCAGCCUCCCUCAGAGACAGUUGAGAUGAUCUCUACGGUUACUGGCGAACCCGUGACAUCUUCUGAUAUCCUCGGUCCAAAGUACUGGAGACAGAAUAUGGUAUCCCCCGUCCGCUUCAACACCGGCCUGCAGAUCCUCUGUACUCCCCGGGGAGUCACCAAGCGCGCUCGUCGUCUCGCGGCGAGCCAGGCCGCCGUCGAUGUUCUCCUUGAGCUGGGCCCCCAUUCGGCUCUGGCCGGUCCCAUCAAGCAGAUUCUCAGCGUUCCUGGUCUGGAGAAGAGUGGUAUCGCGUACAAGUCGGUGCUAUCCAGAGGUCAGGAUGCUUGUGAUACUGCUCUCGAGGCGGCGGCAUUCCUCUUCGCUAAAGGAUGCACCACUGUCGACCUGUACAAAAUCAACUCACCGGCAGGAUCGCGUACUGCUCCCCCGCAGGUGGUUGUCGAUCUACCACCCUAUUUCUGGAACCACACCAAGAGCCAUUGGAUGGAGUCUCGGAUGAGCCUUGAGCAUCGCUUCCGCCGUCACGCCCGUACCGACUUCCUGGGCUACCCGGUCAAUGACUGGAACCCUAUGGAACCACGCUGGCGAAACCUGAUCCGGCUCCGCGAGCAGCCCUGGCUCAAGGGCCACAUUGUGCAGGGCUCAUAUGUCUACCCGGGUACGGGGUACAUUUGCAUGGCCCUCGAAGCAUUGAAUCACCUCCGCCACAUGCCCGAGUACACGGCUCCCCAGGGCAAGUUUGUGGGAUAUCGGUUGAAAGAAAUCAGCUUGAUUCGCGCGUUGAUGGUGCCAGCGAGUGAGGAGGGCGUGGAGACACUCUUCUCACUGCGACACUACAAAGAGAGCAGCGCUUCUUUCUCCAACACCUGGUACGAGUUCCGCGUGUUUUCUUGGUCUGCUGCGGAUGGCUGGGCCGAACAUGCCCACGGCUUGAUUACUGCCGUCUAUGAUGGCCCCAAUGCCCUUCCCUCUAGCCAUAUUCCGUACAACCCGGCGCUGGAUGGCGUUGUGGCCACGGAGACCUUCUCUAGCACCCGCAUGGCCGAGAACCUGUAUGAUAUCGUCGAUGCUGUUGGAUUGGUGUACGAAGAGCCAUUCCGGAAUCUAACUGGCGACCUUGUGUCCAACGAGGGCGUAGCAAAGGGUAUCGCGACAGUCCCAGAUACCAAGUCCCUGAUGCCGUUUGAGUUCGAGUAUCCCUACCUCGUACAUCCGGCCACCAUGGACAGCUUCGUGCAAAUGGUAUUCCCCGCGCUGUUACACGCUCAGUCUUCCAUCGCAUCGCCUUAUCUGCCCGUAUAUUUCGCCGACACGUUUGUUCGAGGCGACAUUGCCCAGGACGUUGGCCACCGUUUCGACUGUGCUGCGACUGCAAACCAUACCGGGUUCCGGGAGGUGACGACUAAUGUACUCGUCCGCGACGAGGGCACGGGGGAGGCUAUGGUCAGCUUCCAGGACGUGCGGUGCAACGGCAUCGACUCGGGGACGAACUUCGAUGACAACGCGGCAGGUCGAGAGGCUGUCAAGAAGCUGUGCUUCCACUCCACCUGGCACCCAGAUCCAGAACUCCUGUCUCAUGCCAAGGGCGAUGAGUUGAUGCGUCAGUUCAUCCGUCCUUGCGAAGAUCCUAAACGCGUGGCGAACCUCGAGACGAUCGCAUACUUCUACUACUACCAAGUUCUGCAGACCGUCAGCGAGGACCAGGUCCCGAACAUGAAGCCUCACCAUCAGAAGUUCUAUCGAUACAUGCAAUACCAGCGUGACCGAGUCCAGGCUCACAAGGUCCCUCACCAAACACCCGACUGGGAGCAACUCGACGAUCCAGUUAUCUGUCAGAAAAUGGAGAGCCUAGCCGCCCGACUAGAAUCCUCCGGCACCGAUGCACAACUCAUCUGCCGCGUUGGUCGGAAGCUUGACAAAAUCCUAACCGGCGUCGUCGACCCGCUUGCGCUGAUGCUGGAAGACGAACUGCUGUACCAGUACUACGAAGCCGUGCUGGGCUACGAUAUCCUGUAUCGAUACGCUGAGAUGCUCUCCAAUAAGAACCCCAAUAUGAAGGUUCUGGAAAUCGGCGGUGGUACUGGCGGUGCCACGGCGCCUAUCCUUUCCGCCUUUGGAGGAAACAAUGGGCGAUAUCCCAAGUUUGACUCGUAUACUUUCACCGACAUCUCAUCUGGCUUCUUUGAAGAGGCAGAGACCAAGUUCAAAGAUUGGCAAGGACUCAUGGAGUACCGAAGACUGAACAUUGAAGAGGAUCCGGUCGAUCAGGGGUUCGAGGCCGGCACGUAUGACCUCGUCGUUGCAGCUUCCGUGUUGCACGCCACGACCAACAUUACGAAGACCCUGGAGCACACGCGAAAGCUGCUCAAGCCGGGUGGCCGAUUGAUCCUGGUGGAGAUCUCCAACAUGCUUAACCAGGCCUUCCUUUUGUUCGGCUGCCUGCCUGGCUGGUGGAUGUCCGAGGAGAGCUACCGUCCGUGGGGUCCUACCAUGGAUCAGGAGAUGUGGGCGGAGCACCUCAAGCGUGUAGGAUUCGGUGACCUCACCUUAGCUGCUCCAGAUAAUAAGGACCCCAAUGACGAGUUGGGUCGCGUUUUCUCGUGUGUUGCUGUUGAACAGGAUGCUACACCAGCCGUCGACCAAUCCAUUCACUCGGUGGUGCUGAUUACCGACGAUGAGCCAUCAAGUGGUCUGGGGCGAGCUCUCGACCGGAAACUUGCAAACUUGGGUAUUCUAGUUAAGACGACCCGGCUUGCAGACUUGACUGAAGCUACCUUAGAGAACGCUUGCUGUGUGUCUCUAGCCGAACUCGACCGCCCCAUCGUCAAGGACAUGACACAAGCCGAGUUUGACACAAUCAAGGCUAUCGUCAAGACCAGCAAAGCCCUAGUCUGGGUGACCGAAGGAGCUUUCAAAAAUGCCAGCCGCCCGGAAUCCGCAAUCUUCCACGGUAUGGCUCGCUCCCUCCGGGCUGAAAACGAGACCUUCCCCUUGACCACGGCCGACUUCGCAUCCGUCAACCGCAAGAACCCUGCGGAGGCCGCACAGCAGCUAUUUGAGCUAUUGCAACAGAUAUUGCGCAGCCCAGGGUCCCAAGAGCCAGAGUACUACUAUGGCGACGGCUGCUGGAAUAUUCCCCGUUGUCUCGAGUCGGUCGACACCAACACUCAGAUCCACGGCCGCCUGAAUCACGAGUCCAUUGGUAGCGAAAAGACGGAGCUACAGCCCUUUCAACAGCCGGGUCGGCCCCUUAAGCUGAACAUCAAGACACCUGGUCUGCUGGAUACCCUGAUUUUCGAAGACGAUGCUCGACCAGCGGAGCCUCUCGGUCCCGAUGAGGUUGAAGUUGAAGUCAAGGCCUCUGGUGUCAACUUUCGUGACAUCAUGAUCUGUACCGGCCAGAUGUCGGAUCCCUCGCUUGGUCUCGAGUGUGCUGGAAUCGUACACCGCGUCGGCAACAAUGUCUCUCACCUCAAGGUCGGGCAGCGUGUCGUUGCGUGGACAAGGUAUAACUACUCUACCUAUGCUCGCACUUACGCCGGUGUCGUCGAGCCAAUUCCCGAUGACAUGAGUUUCGCAACUGCGGCCUCAUUACCAAUUGUUUACAACACCGUCGUAUACGGCUUGAAACACAUUGCCCAUCUUCGGAAGGGCGAAUCAAUCCUAAUUCAUGCUGCGGCUGGAGGCGUCGGACAAGCAGCUAUCAUCCUAGCCCAACUUCUCGGCGCUCAUAUCUUUGUGACAGUUGGUACUCAGGAGAAGCGCGACCUCAUCAAGAGCGAAUUCGGUAUCCCCGACAGUCGCAUCUUCUCCAGUCGUGAUACCAGCUUCGCUCAGGCGAUCAAGAAGGCGACGAACGGUCGUGGCGUUGACGUCGUGCUCAACAGCUUGGCUGGGGACAUGCUGGGCGCCACGUGGGACUGCAUUGCUACAUUUGGCCGCUUCAUUGAGAUGGGCAAGAAGGACAUCGUGGACAAUCGUCGUCUCGAUAUGGCGCCGUUCUUGCGUAACGUCAUGUUCGCGUCGAUUGAUCUAAUCACCGUCUACGAGCAGAACGCUUCUUUGGCGGCUGAGCUCAUGCACGAGACGAUGGAGCUAAUUCGAACAAAGGCCAUCAAGCCUAUUCCGCGCGUCACUGCUUUUUCUUUCGGACAAUUUGAAGAGGCUUUCCGUUUUAUGCAACAGGGAAAGCACGUUGGUAAGAUUGUCAUGGUUCCUCAGGAGAAUGACAUGGUUCCAGUAAGUUCUUCCUCUACCGGCCCAUUCACCUUUUCUGAAGAUGCUUCGUACCUGAUUACCGGGUUCGGUGGCCUUGGCCGCAGUAUGGCUCGCUGGAUGGCCGCUCGCGGUGCCAAAAACCUGGUAUUCGCCUCUCGCUCUGGCGCCAGUCGUCCUGAAGUGCAACAGCUCAUCGACGAACUGGCUCUGGCCGGCACGCGGGUCGAAGUCCUACCAGUGGACAUCACUGAUGGGCCAGCACUGGAGUCCGCCCUGAGCGGAAUUGCAGGUAGCUUCCCGCCUAUUCGUGGCGUCAUUCAGGCGGCUAUGGUCCUGGAGGACGCCAUCUUCGACAACAUGUCGCUCGACUCGUUCAACGCGGGUAUCCGACCCAAGGUUCAUGGAACGUGGAAUCUGCACCAGUCAACUCUGAACUUACCCCUGGAUUUCUUCAUCAUUAUGGCAUCCUCUGUCGGUGUUCUUGGUAACUCAGGCCAGGCGAACUACUCAGCGGGCAAUGCAUACGAAGAUGCCCUCGCGCAGUACCGCCGUUCGCAAGGCCUCCCAGCCAUCUCCGUUGAUCUGGGCAUGAUUUUGUCCGUGGGUGCUGUGGCAGAGGAUCAAACUGGCAUGAUCCGCCGGAACUUGGAGAGGAAGGGGUUCGUAGGCAUCGAAGAGGAUGAGUUCCAUGCCAUUUUGGAGAUUGCCAUCCGAGAGUCUUCUUCGUCUUCUGCUGAGAGUCAGAUGAUCACCGGCAUCCAGACUCAAUCCACCCUUCCUGAUGACGACGGCGUUCCCGCUGACGAGCCCUUCUGGAAAUCCAGUCCUGUCUUCUCCCACCUCCCGAAGCUCGGCGCCCGUUCCGUGGCUCACUCUAACAAUACCGGCGUGCAAUCCACCCAAUCCCUCCUCAAAGCCGCCUUGUCCUUGUCCGACGCUGUGACGGUGAUCAUCAACGCAAUGACGAUCAAGCUCAGCCGGAGUCUGAUGAUGGACAUCGCGGAGCUUGACCCAACCCGACCAACUAGUGCGUUUGGCAUUGACAGUCUGGUUGCCGUUGAGUUGCGCAACUGGUUCCAGAAAGAUAUGAAGGCAGACAUUGCCGUCUUUGAAAUUCUGCAGGCAAACAGCUUGCAAACACUCGCAUUCAGGGUGGCAGAGAAGAGCUCGUUGAUGGAGAAUUCCUUGGUCGAUGCAUAA